AUGGCUCCGUGGUUAGAUCACGUAUUUACUAGCCGGAAGGUCUGUAGGUCGAACCCGACCUCUGUAUCCCGACUUCUCCUGCCUAGGCUUGAGCAACCCGGCAGUAUCCCAGCCCUCGCGUUUCCUUCAGAUGGCAUGGCACCGAAAGGGUGCUACAGACUAUUACUUGGUGCUUUCAAGUACCAUGCGUUGGGCUGCGAAGAACUCAUAUUCUUCAUUAAUAAUGCCUGUGAACGCGGGGUGAUUGCGUCUCCAAGUACUUGUUCUUCACAUCAGAUGGAAACUAAACCAAAAUAA